AUGGAGGACGAGCAGCCCGACAGCCUGGAGGGCUGGGUGCCAGUCCGAGAGGACCUCUUUGCCGAACUCGAGCGGCACCAGCUGCGCUUCCUCGUGGCCUGGAACGACGCGGAGGGCAAAUUCGCUGUGACUUGUCACGAUCGGACAGCGCAGCGGCAGCGGCGACGCGAGGGGAGCCGGCCGGGCACCGAGCCAGGGCUUGAGCGCGAGGCCGCCGCGCCCCUACCCAGCUGGGCCGGCCUGCUAUCGGUGGCCGGACUCCGCGGCGCGCACCGGCAGCUAGCUGCGUUGUGGCCGCCGCUGGAGCACUGCUUUCCUCAGCUGCCGCCGGAGCUGGACGCGGGCGGCGGCUGGGCCUGGGGCCUGGGGCUGUGGGCAUUGGUGUGGCCGGUGCGCGCGGGCCCAGGCGAGGCGGCGCUGCAGGACCUCUGCCGGCAGCUGGAGCAUUACCUGAGCGAAGCAGCCGAUGGCUGCGGCGGCGCCGCGGUGCGCGAUGCACUCUUCCCGGCGGAGGGCGGUGCUGCCGACUGCGAGAGUCUGCGCGAGUUCCGGGAGCGGGCCCUGCGCGCGCGGUGGACCGAGGCAGGGGCGCGGCUGCGCCAGGUUCAUCAGGAACAUGAGAAAGCCAACACAAUGGUAGCUUUAAUGAAGGUUUAUCAAGAGGAAGAUGAAGCAUACCAGGAAUUAGUUACUAUGGCAACCAUGUUCUACCAGUAUUUACUGCAGCCAUUUAGGGAUAUGCGAGAAGUUGCAACUUCAUGUAAGCUUGACAUUUUGAAGUCCUUGGAUGAAGAUGAUCUGGGUCCUAAAAGGGUAGCUUCCCUACAGAAGGAAGCCAAAGAAUGGACUAGACGGGCUGAAGGAGCUGUAGUCUCUAUCCAGGAUAUCACAGUGAAUUAUUUUAAAGAAACAGUAAAAGCAUUGGCAGGAAUGCAGAAACAAAUGGAGCAGGAUGGAAGGAGAUUUGGCCAGGCUGCCUGGGCUGCAGUAACUCCCAGGUUAGAAAAACUCAAGCUAAUGUUAGCUCGAGAGACUCUACAACUCAUGAGAGCUAAAGAAUUGUGUUUAAAUCAUAAAAGGGCUGAAAUUUGGAGAAAGAUGGAAGAUCUUCCAGAACAAGAAAAAAAUAUAGAUGUUGUAGAUGAAUUAGAAAUACAAUAUUAUGAAGUUCAGUUAGAACUAUAUGAGGUAAAAUUUGAGAUAUUAAAAUAUGAAGAAAUACUGCUUAUUACACAGUUGGACUCUAUUAAAAGACUUAUAAAAGAGAAACAGGAUGAAGUUGUUUAUUAUGAUGCCUGUGAAAGUCCAGAGGAAAUUAAAGUCAGUGAAGUAGUAGUGGGGCUGCCAGAUGGUAAGAACCUGGAGGUGAAAGAACUCAGGAGGCAGUCUCAGCAGCUGGAGUCCAAACGAGGCAGGAUCUGCGCAAGAAGAGCUUAUCUCAGGAACAAAAAGGAUCACUGCAAAGAAAAUCAUCGGCUCAGAUUGCAGCAGGCUGAAGAAAGUAUAAAAUAUUUUCAUCAGCAUCAUAAUAUUCAGAUGAAAAGAGACAAGAUGAAAGAAGAGGAGCGAAAGAAAAAAGAAUGGAUAAACCAAGAACGCCAAAAAACACUCCAACGAUUGAGAGCAUUUAAAGAGAAAUGUCCAGGUCAGUCUGUAAUAAAAACUUGCUCCGAUGCUGUGACUCCAAACCUGUCAGGUGUACUUUCCCAGAAGACAUCCUCACCAGCUUCGCAGACUGUGUCAGUAAUUCAUCCGUCAUCUGGGAAAACCAGAACUACUUCCUUAUCUAAAGUUAGUACUGUGAAAAGCCCUUCAUGUCAAGACUGUCCUGGAAAUAUCCCUAUCCAGAUUUUUGUUCCAGUUGGUGACCACACACACUCCAAAUCCAGUGAGGAAUUGUCACCACCACCCCCACCUCCUCUGCCACCCCCACCUCCUCCACCCCCACCCCCACUUCCUCUCCCGCCACCUCUUCCUGCUCUGCCCUUUUCUUCUCAAUCUGCAACUCAUCGGAACCUACACUUCAGGACUUCAGUAAAAGAUGAUCAGCCACUUGCUCUGGUCUGUGAAUCACUUCCUGAGCGACUUCAUGGCUCCUCUGAAAGCUUUCAAUGCCCAGGAUCUAUGGAUGAAGUGUUGGCCUCCUUAAGGAGCUGCAAAAGCCCUCUCCAGAAAGUAGAAGUACCUGCUUUGCCCUCUCCCCGCACCUCAGUCAAUGAGCACAUUCUGGCUGCCAUAAGGCAAGGAGUCAAGCUAAAGAAAGUACGCCCAAACAUCGGCCCGGGCCCCAGCAACAAACCAACCAGUGAGCUUGAGAGGAGCAUUAAGGCAGCCCUCCAGAGAAUCAAGAAAGUGUCUGCUGACUCCGAGGAGGAGGAGGACGGCAUUGAGCAGAGCUCUGGUGAAUGGGACCAGUAA